GGGAAAGCUAAUCCUGACUGGGACUCAUGGCUUUGUAAUGCUAAUGAGCUCCUAUAAAUAGAGGAGCACGACCCUCAUUCCCAACACAACCAACUUGCUCUCCUCAGAGAAGCAUCUCUCCAUCUGAAAGAAUGGCUCCAACUUACACGAGUGACUACUCCAAACUUUCCAACAAGGAGAAACACAAAUUAAGAAAACCUGCAGUGGAAAAGAUGCGCAGAGAUCGCAUCAACAGCUGCAUCGAGCAGCUCAAAUCCAUGCUGGAGAAGGAGUUCCAGCAGCAGGACCCCAACACCAAACUGGAGAAAGCCGAUAUCCUGGAGAUGACGGUGGUCUUCCUGAAACAGCAGCUGCAGAACAAGACUUCAGCUCCACAGAAAGCCCACUUUGACGGCUAUUCCCAGUGUUGGAGGGAAACCAUGAGCUUCCUAUCGGUCAACUCCAAGCCGGACGCUGUACGUCAACAUCUGAACCACUGCCAAGAAGCCCAAAGAUCAGCUAAAGACCUCAUCCACUCGUCUCCAGCUUCCCAUCAGCCCACCAAGGUGAAGCAGGAACCAUGUGCCCACAGACCGCUCUGGAGACCCUGGUAGAGACUCAAGAUCAAAGACUUUCACAUGAAAACUAGAUGGUGGUUUUACCAUCUCUUAUGUUGUAGG